UCGUGUAAUCAGUAAUGCCCAUUUUGUAUUAAUCUUGAAAGAAGAGGGAACCAAUAGUUAGGUAAGUAUGUAUGGUAUAAUGGGGAAUGGAAGUUUAGGCUUAUUAGGAAUAAUGAAGGCUACCAAGUAUAGAUGCAAUAAUAAUAAUAAUGAUCCUCCAUGUUGGAGAAGGAUCAGUGGUUGGAAUUCCAACACUACCUUGUUGCUUCAUCAUCAUCAUGAUGCUGCUUCAAAAUACAGCACUAGUUCUUGUAAGGGACUCUAUGCAGGGAAGAAGCACUUGUGGCUCCAAAAGAACGUAAUAAUGACCAUGGUUAUCAUGUUAGGAUUUCUGGCUUGUUUUUUCCUUCUUGAUUACGUUACUGCGAUUUCUUCCCAUGAUUCUGCUUCAAGUCGGUUUCUUUAUUUGAAUGAGAAGAGUAGUGCAGAUUCCUACACGUGCAACAAACAAUCAUCACCAAUAGAAAUGUAUGGUAGGCUUUUAAACAUGGCUUCCAGCGCACUUGCUGAGAAGGAGUUGAAGCAAGAGUCAUCCAAUUUGUGGGUGGAACCGUAUGGAAUAGCAUCUUCAUGGGAACCUUGUGCACACAGAAAGCUUCACAACACUCCAGGGAACCUUGUGGAAAAUAAUGGCUAUAUCUUAGUCAGUGCAAAUGGAGGUCUCAAUCAACAACGAGUUGCAAUUUGCAAUGGUGUUGCUGUGGCAUCCCUCCUCAAUGCAACUCUUGUUAUUCCUAAGUUUCUUUACAGCAAUGUUUGGAACGACCCCAGCCAGUUUGGUGACAUAUACCAAGAGGAGCAUUUCAUGAAUAUGUUGAAGGAUGAUAUCAGUAUUGUGAAGGAGCUCCCAUCUCAUAUGAAAUCUUUGGACCCUGAAGCAAUUGGCAGCCAGAUUACAGAUGCUGAUCUUCCAAAGGAGGCUACAGCUGCUGACUAUAUUAAAAUUGUGCUUCCUCUUCUUUUAAAAAAUGGGCUUGUUCACUUCCUUGGAUUUGGAAAUCGACUUGGCUUUGAUCCCUUGCCUUCUCAUAUUCAGAGGUUAAGAUGCAAAUGCAAUUUCCAUGCUUUGAAGUUUGUUCCCAAAAUUCAAGAAGUUGGUGCGCUAUUGGUAAGAAGGAUUAGAAAGCAUAGUGGUUCGCGAAGCAUGUUAGACACUGAGUUGCUAGGGAAGUUCAUUGACAAGAGGAAAGAUCAUGAUUCUGCCAAAGGGUCAAUCAAGUAUCUUGCACUGCACUUAAGAUUUGAAGUUGAUAUGGUUGCCUAUUCCCUUUGUGAGUUUGGAGGUGGUGAGAGUGAGAGAAGGGAACUUCAAGCCUAUAGAGAAAGCCAUUUUCCUUUUCUUGUUGAGCGCUUGAAGAAUUCAACAAGCCCUAUAUCUCCAAUGGUUUUGAGGAAAAUGGGAAGAUGUCCAUUGACACCAGAAGAAGCAGCACUUGUGCUAGCAGGUCUUGGUUUCAAGCGCGGAACCUACGUUUACUUGGCUGGUUCUGGUAUUUAUGGAGCAGAUUCAAGAAUGAAUCCCUUUACCAGGCUCUAUCCCAAUGUUAUUACAAAGGAAGACUUCCUUGCUCCCAAUGAACUUGAACCUUUUAAGAAUUUUUCUUCUCAGCUUGCUGCUUUGGACUUUAUUGCAUGUGCAACUGCUGAUGUAUUUGCCAUGACAGACUCUGGUAGCCAACUCUCAUCAAUGGUGUCUGGAUUUAGAAGCUACUAUGGUGGUGAUCAUGCUCCCACUUUGAGGCCUAACAAGAAGAGGUUGGCAGCAAUCUUGUGGGAGAAUGGUACCAUAGGAUGGAACAGUUUUGAAGAAAGAGUAAAGAAGAUGAUCCAAGAAGGUCAGAAAAUUACAAUGAGAAAGUUUGGUAAAAGCAUUUACAGACAGCCAAGGUGUCCAGAGUGCAUGUGUAGACAACCUUAACACCAUCAAUCAACACACUCACCCUUUGUAUAAUAUUAGACUAUGACCAGCCCAAUGCAUAGAGAGCUGAAUUACUUAUACUAUAUAGUAGUA